GUUUGACCUUCAAGUACUCACACUCUCCUCAAGUGGACGAUACCCCUGAAGCGUUGCCGAGUAUGUCUGUGUACUUAUGUUCGUUGCUCAGAUUUUGACGUUGAUAUUAGGCAAUUAGAUAAUAAAAAGUAGGUAAUCGUACGAAAGUCUAUCAAAAAACGUGUGUAAUCCAUAAUUAGCGUGCGAACAAUACCGAUAUCUAAGAGGUGAAGUGGGAUACGAACCUACGGAUUUGUUCAAAGUGGUAGUCUGUUUGUAUACGCGAUUUUUCAAUACUUUAUUUAUACCCACAGUUUUAAAUUCACUUUUUGUACCGUACGUCAAUUUUUUAUUUUAUACAAAGUUAAGGAUUAUUCCACUCAAAAUUUUCAAAACAAAAUAGAUGCAUAUUUCGUCCUUGUGAUUUGUACAUAUGAAUGGUGGAGUCUUUAAAAAGUAAAAUUGGUGAGGUGGAACUCUUAUUGUCCAUGUUUUCUGAAGAUGAAAUUAAGCUAGGAGACAAGAAAAGCUAUUUAAAUAUCAAACGUCAUGCAGAAUUGAAUGUUAUUCCUGAAAAGACAGAUGUCGAUUUCGUAAUCAAGCUUAAAAAGAAAGUAGAAUUAUCAGUUGUCCUACCCGAUGGUUACCCUUCAUGGAAUACACAUCAUCCUGUUAAGCCACUAAUUACUCUACGUUUGUUAUCCGAUAAUUCAAUUCUUGGCACAAAUAUACGUGAGUUAUCCUCACGUUUUUAUCAUUGGCUUGAUAAAAUCGCAAAUACUGGCGAACCAAUCUUACUAGCAUCCAUAGACUGGCUUCAAAAUGAGUUAUUUAAUGAAUUACUAGUAACUAAUGAAAGUGUAACAUCUCUCUCGACCAAUUCAAUUUUGAGUAACAAUGAGAAAAUUGUUUGUUUAUGGAUUAUUAGCCAUCACAUUCGAAGUCCAAUAAAAAGACGUCUGAUUUUGGAAUGGUCAAAAGAAUUAGAACUAACCGGCUGUUGUAUGCCUGGGCGACCGGGCUUAGUAAUUGUAGAGGGUGAAGAAACCAAGGCUGACGAAUACUGGAGAAGACUACGAAAUUUACAAUGGAAACAUAUACAACUUCGAGAAAAAGAAAUACUUGGUAUAGGUUUAUAUAGAGUUCGUCAUUUUCAAGAUGGAUUUCAUGAACUUACAUUAUCUCAACAAAGUUGGUUUUCAUGGCUUCAUGAACAUGGUGUUACAUCAGAAGAGUAUAGACAUGUUUUCGGAAUUCCUGGUCGAUUGCCUCAAAAUGAACAACAAUAGUAAUGGGUCAGGAAUUUGGUGAUUAAAUCAUUUGGAAUUCAGUCAAUAGGUUGUAGGUUCGAACAAGGCCCCACCCAUUUCAAAUUCAAGAUUCCAUUAGUACACAAGUAAUGCGACUGAAAUCCAACUACACAAACUUGUAGUUGGUCAAUGAACUAGAAAUAAAUAGAACGUGCAACCUGGUCAGUCAGUUGAAUUUGUUACCUGAAAAUAAUGGAACAAACAUUUGUAUUGUAUAGUGACUUGCAUUUGGCCUUCACUAUUUACAAAACGUAAAAUGUUAAUGUAAUAAUACUAUUUUUGAUAUAUAAGCUGCCC